GGAAAUUCUGUUGUUUACACAUGUGUCUCAACACUGAAAAGCAAGAGGAGCCCAACAAACCCAGAGGAUAAGUGAUCUUUAGCUUGAGCGAAACAUGAAUUUAAGCUCUGUUCAGAAAGUAGAGGAAGAGACACUGGUUUUUGGGACUCAACCAAGACAACCUUAUAAAUUAGCUGGAAGUUGUCAACCAGGUGGCCAUCUCUGUAAUUCAAAUCUGCCAUCUCAAAGUUUCUACCCAUAUUCAUCUUGUUAUUCAUAUAUGCAUAUGGAUUACAGCAGUGAUUGGGAAAUUUCUAAAGCAGUAAUAAUUCAUGAACUGGAAGAAGUCAAAGCCAGAGCUGCCCAAAUGGAGAAGACUAUGCGCUGGUGGUCAGAUUGUACCGCUAACUGGAGGGAGAAAUGGAGCAAAGUUAGAUCAGAAAGAAAUAAAGCCCUAGAGGAAGCAAGACAAUUGAGAAUCACAUUAGACACUGUUGUAAAAGAACUGAGUAUGCUUAAAAAAAUAAAUAAAGAAUUAGUAAAUGAGAAGGAAAACUUAGAACAUGUUACUGCUUGGAAAACAGAAUUCAGUUGCUCAGAAAUAUCUUGUAUUAAAAAAGACCUAAAUCAUUUAACAUUUCUGGAACGAGAACCUGUGAAAGAACUGAACAAAACCAACAAGAUUCCUGUGGCAGAAGGCACAAAGAAGGAUUUAGAGGAAAUCAAAGACCAAACCAAUCACAAUAAAAAAAUCACUGUAAAGAAUCCUGAUUCCUUUCCCAAUGGAGUUCACAGCAUCUGUUCAGAGGAACCUGAGAAAAGUUUGGACAAUACAGCUAAGACAACAAAGAAUGAUUUAAUACAUUUUUCUGCCUUACAUUUGCAUUUGACUGAGAUGCAGAAAAUCUUACAGAAAGAAAGAGAAAUGAACAUGUUUCUGGAAAAAGAAAUUGAAAUGAGAGAAAAUGAAUUAUUUCUUUGGAAACUGAAAUAUGAAGAACUGAGAGAAACCAAGCUGGAAAGACUGAAACAGCCUCCACAGCUGGAAAGACUGCAGUUUGAGAAUACCUCUGAAUGGGGAAAGAGAGAAAAGCAAAAUUUGGAAGAAGAGAACAGACGACUGAAGUUGCAUGUAAAAGAAAUUCAAGAAUUUCUGGAGAUGAAAAAUAAAGCAACACUAACUACAUCUAAUUGUGAUCAUCAAAAUGUACAAAGUAAGCCUCUGGUUAAAGAUAAGAAUAAAGAGACAGAAGAAAGCAAACACAGGAUUUGGGACCAGACAAAAUUCCUUGUAUGUUGCUGGAGAUUCUACCAAGACAGUGAGUGAAGAUGUCGGAGACCAUCGAGUAGCCCUUCAAAAACCAGGCUUACAGCAAAGAGGUGGCACAAAGAACUUACACUCUUCAUAAAGACUUAGAGGAUAACUCUAUGCAUCGUUUCUGUUUAUUCUGGAUUUUUUUACAAGAACCAAGGAAAAUAUGCUACAGUCACUGUGUACCAGCUUAGUUGGCAACUGUCUAUCCUUCCUUUACAGUUGUCUUAAUUGCUCUUCUCUAAAGCAAAAGGUGGACUUUAAUCAACAAGGUCCAUGCCUUAUCUCUGGGAAAAAAAUACUUUAGAAUGUAAAUGACAUAGGAGACAUAUUCAUUUUCAGUCCUGGGAUGACAAUGAGUGAGUCUGAAACAGAAGUCUACUUCCUGUCUUGUUUUGUUUCUGUCUUUUUUUUCAAACAGCAAAUAAUUCUGUUUCUCAGUUUCCCCAGUUCUAUCAGGGUAACAUGCAUAUGACACCUCUCUUUCAUAAAAAAAAAAAACCAAACAACAUAAUACUUAGAGUUGAUAAGUUCUUUUACUUAAAAUACCUAAAUGUUAUCACUUAUACAUUUAUAUUUUAGAAGUACUGCUUCUCUUUGUGUUUCUUAUACUGAAAACAUAAUAGGAACACACAGAAAUUAUGCAGCUCAGGUUUAUCAUAAUGUAUGCAUCACAAUUCUAUUUAAGUAUGAGUUUAUUAAUUCUCCAAGUAAAAAUUGUUAAUGUCACAUAAGAAAUAACAUAAAUAUAUUAGGAUAAACUGUAAAAGAAGACGUUGAAAAUUUUAGAAAACUCACGAGGUAUAAAAAUACCGGCAACUUCCAGCCAUCAAGUCAGACAAAAUCUAUAAUGGCUUGAACUUCUUCAUAUACAGUUGUUAAUGAGUGUAUGCAGAUUCUGUUUCAGCAAGAUCCUGCAAAUUUGUUCUAAUUACUCAGCAAUGUGAUUUUUUCAUACCUUGUAUCCCUAUAAACUGAAAACUGCUAAGAGAGUUCUAGUUGAUUUUAAAUUCAGCAGUGCAUCUCCUGCCCCAAUAUACUGUAUUCUCCUCCUAAGUCUGCUGCAGAGAUUGUGUCAUCUCCUCUUGAUUUCUGUUGUACUUUACCUAAAACAGUUCAACAAAUAAGCAAUUAUUUCCACAAUUGGUAACUGAGCUGUAGAAGGCUUUGUGAAGACCGGGGGAGGGCGGUGGGGUGGAGGAGUGUUUAUAGUUAAAAUUUGCUUAGAUUCAAGUGCAGGUUAUUUGAGUUCAGGAAUGGCAAACAUUAAAGAUUAUUGGUUAAACAGGAAUAAUUUUUUUGCCCAGAAAUUCUCCAAGCUGCAAAUGGUUAGAGGCUGGGAUCGGCCUGUGGGUUCUGCCUGGUUUUAUGGCCCUUCCUAGGCACCAGCUUUUGGCCACUGCCGGAGGUGGGGCUGUAAAAUAGAAAGAUCUGUGUGUCAACCGCCUUCUUACUUUCUUAACUUUCUUUCUUGUUUACAAAUGCUGACCUAAUGCCAGCCACUACCUCUCAGGAUACAUGAUGGAGAGAUGCUGUCUUUCUCUGUUGCCAGUAGUUCACACCCAAGUUUGUCAUCAAGGUACAGUGAUAUUGUGAGAUAAUUCACUUUUAAAUGAAAUUUAAACAUUUAAAACUUAUAGCAAGUGACAAUAAAAUAAGAUUAAUAAUAGUUACUCUUUUCUUUCUUCUUUUUUUUUUAUCCAAACUUCCGCCUUUCUUAGUUUAUUAGUUCAAGGUUUUAUAUUAAACAAAAGAACUCUGGCCUUAUUCCAUUUGAAAUGACACACUGACUUUCUCUAAAAUUCCAUCUGUUUUUCCAAUGACAGCACCUUCAUGACACCCCAGUGUGCAACACAAUCAUAUUGAAAAUGUCUGUGUGCACAAUAGAAAUGGAAGGUGCAUAAUUAUUGAUUUUCAAAUACUAUAGCAGCAUUGCAUUGGAGCACUUGAAAAUACAGUAAUGCCACACAAAAGCUUACUGAUAAAAGCUUGUCUUGUUUAGGUAGGCUUAGAUACAAGCCCUUUUUUUUCCUCUGAAAAAACAUUAGAAAUAUGGGUCUUAUAGAUAUAAAGCAAUUGAGUUUCAGGAACUUGGCAAAAUCUCUUUAAGUUCCAGGGUCUCUUUUCAGCUCACAGGGGUAUCUGUGGCUAAAAAUCAAGUUGAAUAGUUUUAUGAGUUACUGAGGGAAUUAGCAUACUUUCUUUCCCCCCUCUGUAUCUCCAAACAUGUAAGAAAAACAAAUAAUAUUUAAUUGUUGCUGUAGAACAUUUCUAUCCUAACAGCUUAAUAAUGUAAUAUGGAUAUUGAUGGAAAUCAACAGCUAGAAGCUACUUUCUGCUGCUUUGUCUAACUCUACCACACAAAACUUUGGUACACACUUGUUGUAUUGUAAUAUCUUGCAGGUGUGAUAUACCAAAGGCCAUGGUGGCAAUAAAUAGAUCAUCAGAUGAUACUCAUUUUAAAAUUUCAGAAUAUCAGUGCAGUGUUUUUUCUUUCUCAUGAGGAAAUAAUAAUUUCUUAAGGAGUAGUUAAUAUCCACAUUUAUUCCACACAGUUUUUUAAUAUCAUUUUAUUGAUCAUAUUUUACUUUCAAGUGCCUCCUUCUUAGCAGUGCUAUUUAAGUUUUGUUGCUUGACUGUGAUAGAUCACACAAGAUGCUUUCAUUUUUCAUAAUUUCUCCCUAUUCCCUGAGUAAGAGAAAACUCAGCUACUUCUAUUAAAUACAUAAAAUAUUUAUUUCAGCAACCAUGUACACAGAGAACUCCAGAGGUCUUUGUGAAGAGGAAAAUCCAUAAAUUAAUCACUUGAAAGUAAGCCAAAAAUAAGGUGAUACGUGAUUUUCCUGACUGCAGUUGAGAAUAUUAAAAAAGUUAAUUUAUGACCUUUUCAUCACAAUAAUAAAAUGUGUCAUGAUCUUGGAUAUAUGUCUAUCAUAUUUGCUGUAUACUAGUAUUCCUAUCCACUCCUCCUCAAAUUUUACUCGCGGGCAGUGAAUACACACAGAUCUGUGCGGAAAGAGAGUGACUCACUCGAGGUAGCUAAGAAUAAAUAUAGGAAAGUCAGGAAAACUCAUAAUCCUAAAUCUAGUUGCAAAUCAUUGACUUGUUCUUCAUCUCUGGAGAUGAAUGGUGCCUAAAAGAGUGAAUCACCUCUAGAAAAUCUUCAUAAAUUCUAGACUUCUUUGUUUUUCUUUUUAAGAUGAUAAAUAACAUGGAUGGUUUAUGUGGAUCCAUUUUACAAAUUGAUUAUAAAUGCAGUAACUGAAAGACAUACAAAUAAUUUUCACAGAUGGCAAGUUCCAUUAAACCUUUUUUAAUACCAUAAAUAGGUAUAUUAUUUAACAUUGGUACAAAUGCAGAAAGAGAGAAAAGAAUGAUUUACGUGGUCUGGUGAUCAUCAAGUAGUUGAUGGGGAUAUUGUGCUUCACUGUGUUAUACUUUCUCUUUCCUAAAUAAAACACUAUUUUUCUGAGAGAUGUCUCAAUCUCCCUCUACAGUACUUUUGUAAACACUUUUCAAGGUAUAUUUCAAAACAAUCUGGGGUUUUUUCACCGUUCACAUGGUAAACAGUAGAGAAAAACUAUGAAGAGCAUGUGAUCAGUACUAAUCUUUGCCUCCAGUAAGGUGGAAGCUGUCAGAGUUUAAUUUGAACUGGUAACGUUUUCUUCCCGAAAUAUCUAGCCUUUUAUUCCCCAAGUCCUAUUACCUCCUAUUGCAUGACUUCCAUGCCUAAAUCUUACCACAGCUGAAAUGCUAUCUCAGAGUAUCUCAACCUAUUUUCCGCAUUUUAAGGGGAAAAAAUAUCCUCAAAUACUAAAUUUAAAACAUACCAUUAAGCAAUUAUUUCUCAGGAAUUGCAAAGAAUCUUGGGUGUCAUUUACCGUUACAUACCUUUUAUCACUUGACUUCAGAAAGAAGGCAACCAAUUUUAUCCAACUGAAAUCAAAAAAGUAUCUUCAUAUUUGUGUACAAUCUAUAUUGAAAUUAUCUAAAAAUCAAACACAAAUUUCAGGGGAUAUUCUAAAUAUAUUCAACAAAUAUAAGUAUGUUAGACUACAAAUGUGAUUCAGUCGCCUGGUUUAAUCAUGAACAGAAUAUUUCCUAGGCAAUGCCAUUUCAGGAGCCAAUUGCUUGUAAUUAGAAAAGGCCCAUCUGUAGCUGCUUAUGAUAAGACUGCAUGAAAUAAUUCUUAAUGUUGUUAACGUUUGAAGGAAAUAAAUGCAGAUAAAAAAGAACAAAGAAAGCCAUUCUACUUAUCAUUUAAGCUUUGAGUUUUUUUCUUUGUAAGAGAGUCUAAAAUGAAGAAGUAUUAGCAUGUCAUCAAUUAGUGAAUGCGUCAGAAGAUAGAAGUGGAUUUGCUAAUCUCAUUUUCUGUUACACAUACAAUAGACUGUAUUUCUGUUAAUAAAUGAAUGCUUUUCUUCCAGUCAGAUAAUCAAUAAAAACACAAAUGGAUUCAACAGCCAAUAUUCUACAUAGCUUCUCAUUACACAUUGCACUAUUUUAUUGGUAUACACAAACAGACUUUAAGAGGCACAGCUUUGAGAAAUUUGAAAUAG